GGGCAGGCGCGGCGGCAUGGCGGCGGCCGUGGCGCGGGGGCUGCUGCGGGCCCGCGGCUGGCAGCGACCCGGGCAGAGGGCGCUCGUGGCCCCGCGAGGGCCGGAGGAGGAGGUGGAGAAGGCCCAACGGGCGGCCCGGGAAGCGGGCGCCCCGACCGUCUUCAGCAGGAUCCUGGACGGCUCCCUCCCCGCCGACAUCCUCUAUCAGGACGACAAGUGCGUGGCCUUCCGGGACGUGGCCCCACAGGCGCCCGUGCAUUUCCUCGUGAUCCCCAGGCGCCCCAUCCCCCGCAUCAGUUGCGUGACUGAGAGCGACAGCCAGCUCCUGGGACACUUGCUGCUGGUGGCCAGUCAGACGGCAAAGCUGGAGGGCCUGUCAGAUGGCUACCGUGUGGUGAUCAACGACGGGCGGCAGGGCGCCCAGUCCGUCUACCACCUGCACCUGCACGUGCUGGGCGGGCGCCAGAUGCGCUGGCCUCCUGGGUGAGCCGCGGAGGGCGGCCGCGCGGAGAAAUAAACGCCUGCUGCAGGA